GUAAGUUCAGACAUGAAUAAAUUAUACCGGGUACGGCGACGUUCCAAAGCCGAUGCAUCCUGUGUUUAUUGAAGGAAGAUUCGCGACUUUAUUAGUACAUCCUGCCUGAGCGAAAGCGAAUCUGAAACAAUAAUUCCCAGCACUAACUCGGAAAGGGAACGUGGGAAUAUCAGUAGCUGAGCUAAUACUCGGCAACUUAAUGCAUUAAAAUGCACGGAACUGUAUUACCCAGUUUCGUGGGGAAAUGAGGUUCGUUCAAUAUUGCUAGUGGAGUGCAAAUAAUUGUUUGUCCACUAGGGGGGAGUAUUCAGUAAAAGGUAGAGCUAUAGAGAUUAAGAAGCCUAAAAAUCUUUGUUAAUUAGUUUUAGUGACUGUGUGAGAUUGCUGGUCUUUUUGGAAUUGUGAAAUGUGAUACUGAUAUGUGGAAUUGAUACUCUGUAAAGAAAUAUGUUUAUUUUGGUAAUUGAAACAGGCACAAGGUAACUGAACCGUAAAGGGUAAAGUGUUUUCUUUAUUUUUGCGACACUGUGAUAGUUAAAUCAGAGAUUCUCUUCUGUUAAUACUAUCUGGAAAUGGUGUGGUAAUCCGGUGCAGCAAACUCAUAUAUGUCCAUUCUCCUUCUGUUUUCAGAAUUAAUAAAAAACUUUAAAUGUGAUACAGUGGCGGGUUUAUUUCACGUCAGACCUGUAACAUAUUUUGGUGCCGAAACCCGGGAAACCAGUCAUUAACUUCAGCAAGAAGGUUAAUAAGAGGACCAAGAUAAUUCGUCUAUUGCCCUUUCUCAGAAAAAUGGAGCUGGAGGAGCUGCAGGAACAGGCCAGUGCUGCAUUGGGGAAGCUUCAGAGAGAAGAGCUGGUCCAGGUCGGCUUGUGGGCGAAAUGCAAGGGACUGGAUGCAGUGGAAGUAGAGAAGCAAAGCAGACGGGGCCUUGUUAAGCUAAUUGAGGCUACCAUUGAUGAAGUGGCAGACAACGAGGAAUAUGAGGUGGCUUGCCAGUUUAUGAGAGACUUACUCAGCACCAUAGAGGGUCUCAUAGGCAGUGGAGAAGAGCAUGAAGAGGUGCUGGAGAUGAGAAAACGAUAUCUCACCUUAGAGUUGGAGCAGCAGAAAGCCAGAGAGCAGAUGGAGCAAGAGAUAAAGUCACUCAGUGAGAGGCUGGCUAACAAGAGAGCUGCCCCAGGGGGCGCCACACUCGCCCCAGAGGUGACAAUAAAGAAAGAGUUUAAAAUCUGGGGUCAGAUUGGAGAAGGUGGCCAGAAGGAGAAGUUGAGCUACACCAGCCUGCUCCACCAGAUCAACGGGGGCCUAAGGAAACGCUACACAGACUCUGAAGUCAUCGAAGCAGUAAUUAGAGCCAUUAUCCCUGGCCUACCAUUGCGGAGCAUGCUGGAGUCUAAGAGUGACCUCACAAUCUCCAAGUUGAAGACUGUGUUGAAAGGUCAUUUUAAAGUGGAAAGCCCCUCUGAGUUAUAUCAUCAGCUCAUCAACCUCCUACAAGAGCCCAAAGAAACAGCCCAAAGUUUCCUCUUCAGAGCUAUUGAACUCAAAGCCCGUAUCCUUGCCUCCGCAGAUGAUGACGUGGAAGAGCAGUAUGGUGCUGAUCUGAUCCAGAAGAAAUUCCUGAGGUCGGUGUACACAGGACUGCAAAGUGAAUCACUGAAACUGGAUAUGAGGAAAGUGCUGGAGAACAAAACAAUAACUGAUGAAGAGCUGAUUGAACAACUGAACAUGUCCUCACGGUUGGAGGAGGAAAGGAAACUGAAGUUCAAGAAAGCUGCCCACAUGAGAGCGAUGAUCGCAACUGAGCUGCCAACGGAUAUGACGGUCCAUUCCCGUCCUGUCAAGCUUGGGGAAGAUGGGCAACAGUCAGACUCCCCGCAGCGGAGCAGUGCGGCGGUGAAAGGAAAAGUUGUGGCAGAAAGACGAGGUGAGGGUUCGACGAACGAUGCAGUGCAAGAGUUGAGAGCCGAAAUGGCAGAAAUUCGAGAGCUUCUAAAAGACUGUAUAGGACAACAUGGCACAACUCAGCCGGGACGGUUAGUGAGGAGAAGGCAGACCAGAGCCUGUGAGGCAUGCAUGAAACAGGGACAGAUGGACUCAUGUGAGCACUGCUUCAAGUGUGGAGCAACAGGGCACUUUUCAUGGGGCUGUCGUCAGCCCAGGCCGAGUCAGGGAAAACUAAAGGAGACUGCUGAAGAGGGGAGAGCAGCAGUCCAAAACACAUCAUCCCCCAGGAGAACACAAAAAGCAGACUACAGGGUGAACAAAGAACAAGUCCAGAUAUCCAAGAUAGGCUAUCUUAAUCCUAAGAGUCAUGCUAAAUUAGUAGAUGUAGUUGGAAAGAGAUGCAUGGUGCACUGUCUGUUUGACAACACCCCAGUACUGGCCUUGUGGGACACAGGUGCUCAAUCCUGUAUGAUGAAUGAACACUGGAGACAGAAAUUCCUCCCUCACACUCAAGUCAGACCCCUCAGUGAGCUGUUGGGAUCAGCAAAUCUUAGUGGGUUAGCAGCAAACAAAACUCAGAUACCGUUUAGUGGUUGGGUGGAGAUAGAAGUCAGGUUGGGCCAAACAGAGAAUUCCCAUAAAGUUAUGCAGGUACCUGUCCUCGUGAGUCCUGAUCCAAAUGUGGCUGAAGAGCCCAUUAUUGGGUUCAAUGUGAUUGAGGGCGAGCUGGAAGACGGCGUAACUCCAGAACUAAUCACCACCCUAGAGGCAGCUUUCUCCCUGGAGCCAAAAGAUGCUGGGACAUUAGCAGAAAUACUUGAGGCAGAAGUACUUGGAGCACCUGGAGACAAUUAUGGCCAUCCCCCAGUGAAAGUGGGAAAUGUGAGUAUUAAAAUACCACCUGGAGAACUCACCUUUGUGAGUGGCCGUGCCCAUGCUGGAAUUUUAGAAGAGGAUAAGGUGAUGCUCUUUGUCCCAAAUGGAGGACCGGAGUGGCCCGAGGGAUUAAGCAGUGGAGAGAUGCUGGUCACUCUACACAAGGGAAAAUCAACACGAACCAGGAUUCCCGUGAUAAACACUACUAAACAUACAGUGACAUUAGAUAGAAGAAUGCAGAUGGGCCACCUAGAGCCUGUGGGCGGCUUAUACCCGGCCUCCCGCAACACCCUUGGGGCCAGUGAUGAUCGAGAAAAAGACGGGGAAAGGCUUCCACUGGCCAUCAAUAGUGUCACGGAAGAAACAGUGGACGACAAGCCCCCGGAAGAAAAAUGGGAUCCCCCAGUACAGUUGGACCACCUGCUUGAGGAGCAACAGGUAAGAGUGCGGCAGCUGCUAAGGGAAGAAUGUAAGGCAUUUUCACGCAAUGAGCAUGACAUUGGGUGUAUGCCCUCUUUGAAGAUGCAUAUUACUCUCCAUGACACGACUCCCGUGAAAAGAACAUACAUGUCUGUCCCUAAACCCCUUCAUCAAGAAGUGAAGCAGUACCUGAGAGACCUGUUGGAAAAGGGGUGGAUCCAAACGUCCAGAUCGCCUUACUCCUCACCUGUGGUUGUAGUAAAAAAGAAAGAUGGGGGGCUACGACUGUGUUGUGAUUAUCGAGAGUUAAAUAAGAAGUCUGUCCCAGAUAGGCACCCAAUCCCAAGAAUUCAGGACUUAAUUGAUAGCCUAUGUGGGAGCUCCUGGUAUUCAGUGUUAGACCAGGGGAAGGCUUAUCACCAGGGUUUCAUGGACGAGGAGAGCCGCCCCUUAACGGCAUUCAUCACACCCUGGGGCCUUUUUGAGUGGACUCGAAUACCGUUUGGGUUAAGUUCUUCCCCUGCAGAAUUUCAGAGAGCCAUGGAGGAAUGCCUGGAGGGGCUGAGAGACGAUGUCUGUCUACCCUAUUUAGAUGACAACCUGGUCCAUAGUCCCUCCUUUGAUGAACACUUGAACCACAUUCGCCUGGUAUUGCAAAGCUAUCAGAAGUACGGCAUCAAACUCACCGCCAAGAAAUGUGAAAUGUUCAAAAGGAGUGUUCGGUUUCUAGGCAGGAUAGUGUCAGAGCAGGGCUACACCAUGGAUCCAGCAGACAUUGAGCCAGUGCUGGCUUUGAAAGAGCGGAGACCCACCAACGUGGGAGAGCUGAGGAGAUUACUGGGCUUCCUGUCAUACUACAGACCAUACAUACAGAACUUCUCACGCCGUGCCAAAGCGCUGUAUGGUCUGUUGUGUCAACCAAGUGAGGUGAGUCUGAAGACACAAGAAGUAGCUCCAAAGGGGCCCCCGCGUGAAAAGAAGGGUACAACAAGGAAACGCCACAACCAGCUGCCCAGUAGUACCCGCAUAUGCUGGACAGAAGAACAUCAGCAGGUGUUGGAGGAAUUAGUUGACUGUUUGACCAAUCCUCCAGUGUUAGGGUACCCUGAUUUCACCCAACCAUUCAUACUGCACUGUGACGCUUCCCAGGAAGGUUUAGGAGCGGUCUUGUACCAGCGACAGAGUGGUAACAUGGUGGUGAUCGGCUACGGGUCAAGAACAUUAAGUCCAGCGGAGAAGAAUUAUCACCUGCAUUCAGGGAAAUUGGAAUUUCUGGCACUGAAGUGGGCGGUAUGUGAGCGUUUCAAAGAUUACCUAUACCACGCUCCGUCAUUUACCGUCUAUACGGAUAACAAUCCAUUGACUUAUGUUUUAACCACAGCUAAACUGAAUGCGACAGGUCACCGCUGGGUGGCCGAACUGGCAGAUUACAAUUUCAAUAUCAAAUACCGCCCUGGCCGGGUAAACAGUGACGCCGAUGGCCUUUCCCGAAUGCCUCUGCAAAGUGAGAAAUGGGAUGAGGAAUACACCGAGCAGACGCAAAUGGAUGUGGUGAGUGCUGCUCUGAAGGGAGUGCUUGUACAGACGGAGACCCUCACCACCUGGAUCAGCCCGGUAGCUCUGGAAACCCUUGACGGUGACCUAGCUGGCCCAACAUUAUCCCAAAUCCAACCAAAACAAGUAAAGACUGCUCAGGAAAAAGAUGGAGUUAUUAGUCGGGCAAUGUGGUACCUAAAAAGGGGUAGACCACCCACGAAUGCUGAGAGGAGACGAGAACACGGAGAUGUAGUGGUGCUGUUGAGAGAGUGGAAGAAGCUGUACCUCGAUAUUGAUGGCAUCCUCUACCGUCAGACUGCCAAAAGGCGUCAGCUGGUCCUACCGCAAGAGUUCCACCCUUUUGUCUAUAAGGAGCUGCAUGAGGAGAUGGGGCACCUGGGAGCUGAGAGAACCUUGUCAUUGGUAAGAGAGAGGUUCUUCUGGCCCCGGAUGCAGAGUGAUGUUGAACAUUAUGUAACUGAGGUCUGUGAGUGCCUUAAGCGCAGGCAGCCAUGUAAAAGAACCAGGGCCCCGCUAACAACAAUCAAGACAACUUAUCCUUUCGAGUUAGUGUCAAUUGACUUCUUGCAUCUUGAACCAUCUAAGCAGGGCUAUGAAUACAUUUUAGUGAUAAUGGAUCAUUACACCAGGUUCGCCCAGGCUUACGCCACAAAGAAUAAAUCCUCUAGGACAGUGGCUGAGAAAUUGUUUGAGGACUUUGUGCUAAAGUUUGGAUUCCCUACUCGGUUCCACCAUGACCAGGGUCGGGAAUUCAAUAACAAGCUAAUGGCAAGAUUGCAUGAACUGUGUGGCAUACAAAACUCCAAGACAACACCGUAUCACCCCCAGGGAAAUGGGCAGGUGGAACGGUUCAAUAGGACAUUGCUGUCAAUGUUACGGUGCCUACCAGAGGAACAGAAAGCAGAUUGGAGGAAAACUCUACCCAAAGUAGUGCAUGCCUAUAAUUGCACAAAGCAUGACACAACCGGGUACUCUCCUUUCUAUCUCCUUUUUGGGCGCUCCCCAAGACUCCCAAUCGACUUAAUGUUCAACCUGAAUCCAGACAACACGGAGAACACCUAUGAUGAGUAUGUACAGAGAUGGAGAAAUCAAAUGGCGGAGGCUUACCAGAUUGCGUCACAAGCAGUGGAAAAGCACGCUGAAAGGGGGAGAAGCCACUACGACAAGAAGGUGUAUGGUACAGACUUGCAGCCAGGGGGCAGAGUUCUCAUCAGAAAUCUCAGUGAACGUGGUGGCCCCGGAAAAUUAAGAUCUCAUUGGGAGGACAAGAUCCAUGUUGUGGUGGGCAAGAAAAAUGAAGACAGUCCUGUCUUUGAGAUUCGACCUGAGGAUGGAAAAGGAAAUAAUCGAAUAGUUCACCGGAAUCUGCUGUUGCCCUGCGACUCACUCCCAUUGAGUCCAGUUGUUGGUGCCAGGAAAAGGAAGAGACAUGCAAGGCGUCCCCAACAAUGGCACUACGCUAAUCAGGGACCAGAGGAUUCUGAUGAGGAGUAUGAAGGGGUUCUCAUUCCGAUGACCUUAUCAGGGAAGAAAAAUAGUUCUACAGCAGAGAGUCAGGAGGACAUGGACCUGGGAAGGAGACCAACGGAUGGAGCAGGUGGUGAAGUUGUAGGUGAGCCUGAGCAAGCGCAGGAUAGUGUGACAUCGGCUCAGGAAUCAACGGCGUCAGAGACAGAGUCUUCAGGUCAGGAAGAACAGGACAGCUCCACUGAUUUGGCGGAUAACCAGGAUCAGAGAGUAUAUCCAACAAGAAACAGGAGAGCACCAUUAACCUUAGUCUAUGAUAGGUUGGGACAACCUUCAGUAAGCCAACGAGACCCAGUGGUGAGAAGUCUGAGAACAUACUGCCACCAGCGUUCAGCAGGUCAUGGAUUCUGGAGACCAUGGCUAUUGUGCAGCUCUGAGGACUUAAAUCACAAAGACAGGGAUUAAAAAUAAAACGGUAACUGUUUCUGGAUACCUUGCUACAGAGACUCUAGCGCAUGUGAGACUGAACUUUUAUGGACUGUUUGGGGACACUUCAUCAAAGAGACGCUAUUGUAUUUGAUACUGUGAAUUGUUAUGGAUGGUGCAUCGUAGACAGUGUAAGUAAUUUUGAAAAGAAAACCUGUUCCUCGGGUCCAUGGAGUAAUGUGAAAAAAAUUGUAAGAACAAUUUUUUUUUUUUCUUUUAGUGGGGGAGGGUGUCACACCCUGAACUGAAGACAGUGUACAGCGUCAUAAUCAGUUUGUUAAUGGAGAGGGCAUAUCCACCUCCCAGCAGUAAGGUGGCGCUACUAACUGCAGGGGUCUGCACUGUGAUAGUUAAAUCAGAGAUUCUCUUCUGUUAAUACUAUCUGGAAAUGGUGUGGUAAUCCGGUGCAGCAAACUCAUAUAUGUCCAUUCUCCUUCUGUUUUCAGAAUUAAUAAAAAACUUUAAAUGUGAUACAGUGGCG